AUGGCGCUGUUUUCAGCAGCAGCAAAAGGAGACGUCCAAAGUAUACAGUCAUUAAUUGAAUCGGAAGACGGGUCAGAGGAUUCGGGAUACUACUCGGAUGCGUCUGGUAAGACGGCCCUUCACAUUGCUUCGGAAAACGGACAUUUGCAAACGGUUAAAUUCCUUAUCCAUCAUGGAGCAAAAGUGAAUGUGGGCGAUUAUAAACGACAGACAGCAGUUCACUUAUGCUCAAAGAAAGGCCAUCUUCAUGUGGUAGAGCUGUUAGUGAAUGAAGGAGCAAGCAUUGAAAUUGGUGACAAAAAUGGAUUUACAGCUCUUCACAUAGCAUCAUUCGAGGGUCAUUUUGAUAUAGUCAAAUACCUUGUUAGUAAAGGGGCAGAGCUGGACAGACUUGCUAGUGAUUACUGGACACCUCUACACCUUGCUUUAAACGGUGGCCAUAUUGACAUUGCAGAGUACCUUUUGACAGAAGGAGCCAACAUUAACGCGUGUGGUAAAAGUGGAUGUACAGCUCUACAUACUGCAUCAAAAACUGGAAAUAUUGAUGGAGUGAAAUUACUAACCAGGCAAGGAGCAGAGCUGGAUAUGACCACUGACUAUGGCUGGACCGCACUAAGUUUUGCUACAUCAGGGGGGCACCUUGACAUUGUCAAAUUUCUCAUUAACGAAGGGGUAGAGGUUGACAAAGCACUCGGGAGCGGGAUGACACCCUUGUGUCUUGCAACAAAAAGAGGCCAUCUGGGUAUUGUCGAGGUCUUACUGAACGUAGGAGCACAUAUUGAUAACUGUAAUCGAGACGGGUCAUCAGCACUCCACAUUGCAUCGUACAACGGACACAUUGAGAUAGUUCAUCAUCUCAUUAGCGAAGGGUCACAUCUUGACAAAUGUGACAAAACCGGAAAGACACCCUUGGCUUGUGCUUCUCAAAAAGGCCAUCUUGAAGUCGUCGAGUAUAUCGUGAACAAAGGAGCAGGCAUUGAAAUUAGUGAUAAGGAUGGGUUUACAGCUCUUCAAGUAGCAUCACGCGAGGGUCAUCUUGAUAUUGUCAAAUGCCUUGUUAGGAAUGGAGCAGACCUGGAAAGACUUACUAAUGAUUACUGGACACCUCUGAAUCUUGCUUUAGACGGGGGCCAUCUUGACAUUGCAGAGUACCUUUUGAAAGAAGGAGCCAAUAUUAACACGUGUGGUAAAGGUGGAUGUACAGCACUACAUACUGCGUCACAAACUGGUAAUAUUGAUGGAGUAAAAUUUCUAACCAGGCAAGGAGCAGAGCUGGAUAGGACCACUGACGAUGGUUGGACCGCACUUAGUUUGGCUUCAUUUGGGGGACACAUUGACAUUGUCAAAGUUUUCGUGAACAGAGGGGUAGAGAUUGACAAAGCACUCAGGAACGGCAAGACACCCUUGUGUCUUGCAACAGAAAGAGGCCAUCUGAGUAUUGUCGAGAUCUUACUGAACGUAGGAGCAAAUAUUGAUAAAUGCAAUCGAGACGGGGUUACAGCUCUUCACAAAGCGUCAUUCAAGGGUCAUGUUGAAAUUGUCAAAUAUCUUGUUAAGAAAGGGGCACAGUUAAACAAAUGUGACAAAAACAACAGGACACCCUUGUCUCGUGCUUGUCAAGAAGGCCAUCUUGAAGUGGUCGAGUAUUUCAUGAACGAAGGAGCAGGCAUUGAAGUUGGUAAAGAUGGGUUUACAGCUCUUCACAUAGCAUCAUUGGAGGGUCAUCUUGAUAUUGUCAAAUAUCUUGUUGAGAAAGGGGCACAGCUUGACAAAUGUGACAAAACCGACAGGACACCCUUGUCGUAUGCUUCUCAAAAAGGCCAUCUUGAGGUCGUUGAGUAUAUCGUGAACAGAGGAGCAGGAUUUGAAAUCAGUGAUAAACAUGGGUAUACAGCUCUUCACAUAGCAGCAUUCGAGGGUCAUCUUGAUGUUGUCAAAUACCUUGUUAGUAAAGGGGCGGACCUUGGGAGACUUGCUGAUGAUUACUGGACACCUUCACGUCUUGCUUUUCAUGGCGGCCAUCUCAGUAUACAUGCCUUUCUGUUAAAGAUCGUUAAGCCAUUCAUUGGGUUUAAAGAGGACAACUAUGACUACCUUCCUUUUGGGGGUGAAGCUUAUCCUGGCUAUAUGCCCCCAUACUCCCGAACAUACGAUCCAUAUCUUACCAGUCAACGAGACAGCUCUCGCUCCUCGAGGAAGAGCAUCACAGAAGAGACAAUGAUUAUAAGUCUCGACGAGUACAGAAUCAAGGUUCCACUUUCACCAGACGAUCUGAACAUAGCCAAAAAUAUCAGAGCAGAAGCAUUGACGAGCAUUCCACCUGACUUAAACCUGGGAAAAGACGAAGUUAUCAUCUCAGUUGGGCUUAAGCUUUCCCCUCCUGGUCUUCAGUUUAAAACUCCGGUGGAAGUCACGGUCUCGCAUAGCGCUAUUUUCAGCAACCCAGACAAGGCGGAAAUCGUGCUAUACACCCGAAGGACUGGUAAGAUCUUCCUUUUCUUUAAUGUGCGUGCCAUAGGUAUGGGUACCCAGCAGAUUUCCAUCAUCAUGCAAUAUACUAUUGCGUGCAUUGCAUCGCGUCAGAAUUUUGAACGCAUCGAGAUAUGCGUAGAUCAAGAAUGCUGCACAGAGCUUGCAUAUUGCUGCACACGACUUGCAUAG